AUGACCGCCGUGUUCGCGCUCCACACCAUGCACGCCGCCGUCGCCAAGGUCAAGCGCGUCUCCCUCGUCGUCCUGCCGUUCCACAAGCGCCACAGCGGACUAGACGACAGGGAGGCCCUCGAGCUCGCCGGGAGGAUGGCCGAGCACCCCGGCGUGCAGGUCACCGUCGUGCGGUUCGUCGACGGCAAGGACGGUAGCGAGGAGCAGUCCGAGGUCAUGCUGCGCCCAUCUCACACCAAGAACGCCGACCAGAGCUACACGUUCUCCACGGCCGUUCUGAACGAGGAGACGUUCGCCAUCCUGGUGCUCAUGGCGCUGGUGACCACCUUCAUCACCACGCCCACGGUGGACGUGGCCUUCGACACGUCCGCGCAGCUCGGCCACGUCCACGUCCGCGCUAUGACCGCCGUGUCGGCGCUCGACACCUUGCACGACGACGUCGCGGCAGUCGCCGAGGACAAGCGCGUCUCCCUCGUCGUCCUGCCGUUCCACAAGCGCCACACGGGCCGCAGCGGCGGCGGCGGCGAGGACGUCGAGAACCUCGGGCCCGAGUGGCGCGCCGUCAACCGCCGGAUCCUCCGCGAGGCGCCCUGCUCCGUCGCCGUCCUCGUCGACCGCGGCUUCGGCGGCGGCGAGCAGGUCAGCUCGGAGCAGGUGGCGCACGGCGUCUGCGUCGUGUUCUUCGGCGGGCCUGAGGACAGGGAGGCCCUUGAGCUCGCCGGGAGGAUGGCCGAGCACCCCGGCGUGCAGGUCACCGUCGUGCGGUUCGUCGACGGCAAGGACGGCAGCGAGGAGCAGUCCGAGGAGCUGGACGAGGCGGCGGUGGCAGAGUUCCGGCAGAGGAUGGGCUCCCUGGUGCGGUUCGAGGAGCGGGUGGUGGUCGGCAACGUGAUCGAGGAAGUGGUGUCGAUCGGGAAGAGCAGGGAGUACGGCCUAGUCGUCGUCGGCAAGGGCCGGCUGCCAUCCCCGAUGGUGUCGCAGCUCGCCGUCCGCCCGGCAGAGCACCCGGAGCUCGGCCCCAUCGGCGACGCGCUCGCGUCGUCCGGCCACGGGGUGACGUCGUCGGUGCUCGUGGUCCAGCAGCACCACAUGAGCAACGCUGACGAGGUGCCGGUCUCCGUGGUGGUCGACGGCUGUGCUCAGGACGGCGAGUUCGCCAAGGACAUGGCCGAGCCGUGA